GAGGGACAGGACCGGCUCGCACUGGACCCCACAGGGCACAGGAUGGAGACCUGCCUGAAAAUCCUGCUGCUCGUCGGGGUGGUCACAGCAGCCCCCACGUCACCCGCAUCUUCUCUGCCAUCCCACGAGGAUGCGAUUUUAGCAGCAGUACAGGUGUACAACCAAGAGCCAGGCGUAACGCUGGCCUACCGGCUCCUGGAAGCGGAGCCUCAGCCAGACUGGGACGUGACUUCGAAAACUGUCCAGCCGCUGAAAUUUACUAUUAAAGAGACAGUGUGCCUGAUCUCGGAGAAACGCGACAUCAACCAAUGCGAUUUCAAAGAAGACGGGCUGAUCAAAGACUGCUCUGGAUUCUUCUCCACUGAACAGGACCCCCCCUCUGCCAUGAUCAAAUGCGAGGAUGCGUCUGAGGAGCCUGAUAUCGUCACCCGGGGCCGCUGGGGGAGAUUCAAGAGGAGAGCGGGUAGGUUUAUUCGCAGAAAUCGCUGGCAAAUCAUUUCGACUGGUCUCAAGCUGAUUGGCUAGCGGGAUCCAGCAGGGGAGGAGACAAAAGAGUUCCGAUGCUGCCAGACCCACCCGCGUCUCCGUUUUUCCUCCCCCGGGAGGAAACACUGUCAGAAACCGGACCCCUACCCAUCUCAACCGCUUCGUUGCAGUGUCUCUCCCCACUGCGCAGUGGCUGCCCCAGUGCUGUUCCCCCAGCCUCCUCUGCGCAAUAAAUGGCUUCUCU